AUGUUGGGACAUGAGGCGAAGGGUUUGGUGGACCCGGAGUUGUGGCGGUACUGGAAGCAGGACGCAGACCGGGCUUUCCGUGAGGUAUUUGGGGCAGAGUCGGCUCCAGUGGAUUUUUACAUGCAUCUGUCCCCAGUGAACGCGACGUGGCCGGAGUCUCGGAUUCCGGACUUUAUUGAGGAGGUGAAGCCUCGGGUGAACUGUCGUUGGGGCAAUUUAUUGCCCUGUGAGUCUCAGGCGCUUAAUUACGCGGUGCGAAAAAGUCCGGCAAAAUGGUUCGUUCUUUUGAGUGGGGACACAUACCCGUUGUCGUCGUUUGUGGAUUUGUACAUAGAUGUGCUGAAGAACCCGCGGUCGCGUUUUUCGAUCGUGGUUCCGGACAUGGGGAAUAAUUGUCCGAAGCACUGGCAAUGGAUGUUGCUGAAUCGAAAGCACGCGAAGAUUUUGCAGCAUUUGAAGACGCAGUGGCGAGACAACAGCACGUGGUAUUCGAUCCGUAAGAACAGCACGGUCUCGCUGGAGCAAGUUAAGCACUUGGAGCGAGUGGCGUUGACAGCCGCGGCGAAGUUGCGAAAGACACGCGCGAGGGUCGCGGACAAGAUUGAGGAGGUGGCUGACUUUUCCGAGCCGGCUUGGCUGGGUCCUAUGCGGGUGCCGGGUGAGCGACCGGGAACCGAGCGGCACUUGUUGAGUGGGUAUGAAGGGACCCGGCAGACGGUAAGUGCCUCGGACGAGUGGGUGCCGUUGUGCACGAUCAAAAACUUUUACGAACAAAUGGGCUGGAGCCUAAGUCUGCUUGCCAGCGAGAUCAACGACGAGAACGACACAUGGCCGCUAUCAAAGACCAAGGGCACCUUUAUCGACAUUUGCUGGGAGAAGUGCAUGGAGCUGGGCAAGUGCGAGAACAGCAGACGGCCCUGCGUCUGGACCGGGAUCAAACAAAGCACCUGGGACACCAUCAAGCAGAGCGGCAGCUGGUUCAUCCGCAAGAUGAACCCGGCCUGCAAGAUCCUCGUGAAAGACGAGUCCGACGAGGACUACACGGCUUCGGGGUACUGUAGAGAGAAGGUCAUCGAGGAAAUAGCCAAGAAACAGGACCCCAAGCAGAUAGCGCGAAUACUCUCCUUGUAG